AAAAUAACCAAUCAGGCAAAUAUUCAAAAGACAACGUUAUCCUACAGGAAGUCAUUGGAUAACCAAUAAGGCAGUACAAGUGAAUGUUAGACUGACAUCAUUUGUCAGGGGAGAUAACAGUUUGUGGGAUAUUAUUAUUUAAGGACAGAAAAUACGUGUAUUACGAAACGUUAAGCAAAGAAAAUAACAGUUCAGAUUCAAUAUAUAUAUCAAAAUGGGAUAUUAUUAAACAGAUGUAAAGAUAUGCUAUUAAUCAGUAUGCAUAAAAUCCUUCCCACUACGUUACCUAAUUUAGUAACAUGGGCUAUAUUCUACUUCUUAUAUAAGGUGAAUAUAGCCAACGCAAUCGCCUGUUAUUCUUGUGUAUCCGUCAACGGAAGUAAUCCAGCCUGUGAAGAUCCUGUCAGUGCUAAUGUUCAAGUUCAGAUACCAUGUCGUCAGAUUAUACCUGGACAUGACGGGCUUUUCUACGCGCAUCACUGUUCAAAAAUCAAAGGUAUUCGUCAAAAGGAUGGUUUUAGUCUGUUGAUACGAAAGUGUUCAAUGGAUAAGCUAUCUGAUAUACCUACUCAUUGUGGACAAUUUCAACUGGACGAUGAUUUAUAUCAUGGAUGCAUUGCAACCUGUUCCAAGGACUGGUGUAAUACUGACAAUAAAUGUUCAAUAUUUAACUGGAUGUUAACUUUAUCUUUGCUAGUUCUGUUAUAUAAUGUAAUAAUUUAAACAACCA